AGGGAAUCUUGGUUCCGAGAAUAUUGUUUUCCCCAUUUGGCGAGAAGCGAGAUUUGUUUAGAUAGUGGACCGGUGUUUGUUGAUAACGGAACUUUUUAAAAUUGAAUACAAAAUUAGGAAUUCACUGAUUUGCUGCUCAAUGUUUGAUAAGGAAAAAUUUUAUCGUGCAAUACAAAAACGACAUGUCGCUAAAUAGCAGGAAAAAUUUCUGAAAUAAUUAUCUGGUCACUCACAGUUCAGAUCGUAAAUAAGACCAUUAAUCGGCUCGCGUUUUCAUCAAGUAUCUCAGCUAUCAGUCGUUAGCUUGGAAAGAAAUAUUGUUUUCCCUUUUUGUACGGCAGACCACGGAUUGUGGACGAGCAACAGAUCACAUAAGCUGAAGCUUCGGCUAACAACAAGGGAAACAGAAAAGUGAAAAUGUGACUCUCCUGAUCUUUGAAUGUACAACCGGUGCGAUAUCACAUGAAAUUGAGUUUUUAAAAAUAAUCUUCACCUCCGAAAUCAACGCGCAAAAAGUGUAAAUAGGUUACAAAGUGUGCAUCGAAAAGUGCAUCUAGUCACAGCAUUGUAGUGCGAAAACUUUUGCGCCUGUCAAGUGAAGCCAUUGAAAAAAGGCACCGAGAAAACACGAAAGAAAAUCGCCCAGCAAACCAAAAUACAUGGGAAGGGGAUCAUUUCACUGGCGGAUAAUCAACAAUUUUCCAAGUACCAAUUAGGUGUGCUAAGAAGUUAUCUGUGUGAUAGUUUAAGAGAAGUGGAGUAAACUGCAAUAAAUAGUUUAUCGUUGUGGUUCCGUCAACUAUAAUCAUUCAUAAUGUCCACCUCAUCGGCUGGACACGAGGAGGAGCGGAAGCCGCUGAUGGAGGAAUUUUACCGCCAACGGCGGAUACUGCUGGGAUGCACCGUCCUCAUCGGUGUCGCUGUGAUAGUGUGGAUCGUUGCCAUCUCGACCGAUCACUGGUUCAUAGUAACAGGUGGUCAAGGAAUCUUCAUACCUGACACCAGACGCUACUUCAAAUCAUCACAUUCUGGGCUGUGGAAAAUAUGCCGGUACGGAAUGACACCGACGGUGCUGCCUCACUCGAAUGCCACCCGCAAUUUCACCACCCUUUCCUACAUAAACGAGAACCGAAUCGCAAACAUGAAAAACACAAUCGCCAAGGAAGACUACAUCCAGGAGUUCCUUCGGGAGGACCUACGGGUGGACAAUCUAACCGAAAUCGAUGACAACUUUCGGCGGCAUCUGUUCGCCAGUUGGAUCACCGAAAAUACGGAGUUUUUUGAAUCGCUGAAGAGGUCCUACCACGAAAUCACAGCUCACAACAGUGAGCAAGCAAGCGUUUCGGUACACAAACUGAAAAACCCACCGCUCAUGAUGCUGGAUCCCACCGAUAUAAGUUCGCUCAAGGAAACGGUCGGAAUGUCCGGUGCACUGACGACGGUAUCAAUAAACUCGACGGAGGUUAAUAUCCUGGUACCGCAAAGGCUUCGAGAAGCUCUGUUCGACGAAUGGGAGCAAAAAGCGGGUGUGGUAUAUUUACUGUGGAGCUUCUCGAAGGCGAUGGGCAUUCAACCGUUCAUAACCAGCCCCGAUGGGACGAAAUUCAUCAUAAGGCCACCACUGCCACCGAAAAAAGGCCGAAUUGGUAAUGGAUACGAGUACGUUCCGUUCAAAAAAUGUAAAUUACACGAUCUCUUCCCAACCGACGAAGUCAUCCGACAGGAUCCUUCCAUAGACGACGAAAUACUUGCAAGAGGAGAUCCUUUUUACGUUCCCGAAUUCGAGUCCAAAGAUUACAGUCGCACGGAAGCAUCGUUCGCCAUCAUCACCGUCUUCAUCAUGGCGAUGGGAUUCGUGUUUUCCGUCUAUACCUUCAUGAAUCCGCGCUACAUGUUCAAGCGAUUAGCAGGUGGCAUUCAUUUCAUUUCGGCUUCUACGAGCUUCGUAGUCAUCCAGGUUCUGAUAGCGUCGGUCGAAUAUGAGAAGGAGAACAUUUCGUAUACCUUCCCGAAGGGAGCUAAAUUCAGCUAUGGUUACGGUUUCUAUCUUGCCUGGUUCGUGUUCCUAUCUAACCUGUACGCCGGUUUGGCCUUUAUGUGGUACUCGAAGAAGAAGAAGGGUAAUAAAGCAGCAACCGAAGAGCUAGGUAUGGCCGAUGAACCGAUCAACAUUGGCCGAUAAUUUAAAACAAGCGACAGAUUUCGGCUCCAGUACUGAGUAACAGUAAAAUUCAAUAGUUCAGGUUGAUAGACGAAUCGAAAUUAUACAUUUCUAAUCUCUACUGUGUUCCUUUUCUUAUGAUCUUUUGUAUUAAGGAGUAACCAAUGUAUGGUAUAAAUGAGAGGUAGAAGAAAAACACGCGCUCAAUAUUUGAAUUGGUUAAAAAGUCCAACCAAAGCAAAAGUUUGUAUUUUCUUUAUUUAAACAAAUACCGAUUUACGUUAUUAUUAGAUUUUAAAUAUUAUUACAAUGUUCAUUAAAAAUCGUCUUUAUUUAAGUACGCUCAAAGCAGUUUACUGUACUAUAAAAAUUUUACCAUAUGUUUCCAAUUAAUAUUGAACUUCUGUACUUGUUCAUUUUUAACUAAAAGCUAUCCAUUUUCAGUUCGGUAAAAGCUCCUUAAAUUCUUUUUGGACUGUAACGAAGAAUUAUAUUGUGGAAUAGACUUUAAGUAUGGGGAAAGACAGAUAAACCAAAACUGUACAUAUAAUAAUACUAAGUUAGCGAGCAGCAUUACCCAAUCGAGAUCCGUUCGGCAUGCUACAAUAUAGAAUUGGUUUAAACUUAUCCAAUAAUUAAAAAGUUACAUAACCACGGAGCAUCGAAAAAAUCAACAAGACAUUUUCAUAAUGACACAAUGCUAAUAUUCAGAUCGAUAAACUGUAUGUUAUUUGCCAUUUGUUAUAUUUGCUAACUGUUAUGCGAAAUUA